GGCCCCGCCGCCCCCGCCCCGCCCGCGCCCGCCCGGCCCCGCCAUGGGCCACAACGACAUCAUGAACACCGCCGAGGACUUCGCCGACCAGCGGAGGCCCGCACUGAUUUCUCUGUUAAAUAGAAGCUUGAGAUCUCUUACCAUAUGUGAGAGCAGGAUUGUUUUGAGUUUCCUGAGGGUGACGAAGCAGUACCUUCCCCACGUGGCCCGGCUGUGCCUCAUCAGCACCUUCCUGGAGGAUGGCAUCCGCAUGUGGUUCCAGUGGAGCGAACAGAGGGAUUACAUUGAUGGCACGUGGAACUGUGGCUACUUCCUGGCCUCCAUCUUUGUGUUCCUAAAUCUCUUUGGACAGCUGAGUGGCUGUAUCCUGGUGCUGAGUAGGAACUUUGUGCAAUAUGCCUGCUUUGGACUGUUUGGAAUUAUAGCAUUACAGACUAUUGCAUACAGCAUUCUAUGGGACCUGAAGUUCUUGAUGAGGAACCUUGCCCUUGGGGGAGGCUUGCUGCUGCUUUUGGCUGAGUCACGCUCGGAGGGGAAGAGCAUGUUUGCCGGUGUCCCCACCAUGAGGGAAAGCUCUCCCAAGCAGUACAUGCAGCUGGGGGGCCGUGUGCUGCUCGUCCUCAUGUUCAUGACACUGCUACACUUUGAUAUGAACUUCUUUUCUAUUCUGCAGAACAUUGUGGGCACAGCCCUGAUUAUCUUGGUGGCAAUUGGCUUCAAGACUAAGCUGGCUGCCUUGACUCUGGUCAUCUGGCUGUUUGGCAUCAACAUCUACUUCAAUGCCUUCUGGACCGUCCCAGCCUACAAGCCCAUGCACGACUUCCUCAAAUACGACUUCUUCCAGACCAUGUCUGUCAUUGGAGGGCUCCUCCUCGUGGUUGCACUGGGUCCCGGUGGAGUUUCCAUGGAUGAGAAGAAAAAAGAGUGGUAACAGGAAUAGCAACACUUCUUGGGACAUAAUGUAUUAAGUCCAGAACUGAUUCUCUAUGGAUUCAACAAAAACUGCCAGCAUUUUACACGUACAUGCCCCCUUCCUAUUAAAGGCACAGAUGUUUUGAAUUUGAUUUACUGUGGCACCAGUAAUAUAAUAGAUAAAACCCUAUUUCUCCAAGGAAUGUUGCCUAGGCUUAUUCUAACUUCCUAGAUUUGGAACUAACCUAAGGAACCUGCAUCUUGCUGAUGCUUCAGUGAGUUGCAGUAGAACGGUUGCUGUCUUGAGUGUCAGCAGUGUCUUAAAAUUUGAAGAACUGUGAGCAGAGAUACAGCUGUACCAUUCAGUGUGCUGUUGGGUUCUAGCUAUAACUAAAAAAGUGGAUCCCCUUUCUCGCCCUCAUCACGCUGUCUUGUGCAUUAGGAGUUCCAUUGCUGGUUAUAGCAUUGCUUACCAGGGUGGAAAGCAGCAUCAGAAAACAAAAAAACACUCUUGUUUUGCUGCUCAGAGGCCUGUAAUUCCCUUUUGUUUUAUCAACAGAGGUAGGUCUUUCCUGCUCCCCAAAGAGAAGGCAAAAAGAAAACAGUGAAAGUAGCUGUAGCCCUUUCUAGGUAAGAGAAGGGAGAAGGUUUUCUAACAUGUCCCAAUUCUGCUCCCGAGGGGAACAAGGGAGAAUCCUGUCUUGUUAAUCAUGAAUCCUGUAUUGCUGAUCAGAUUUCAGGAAGGAAGUGGGGGAGAUAAUCCUGGAGAGACAGAAUGUUAGAUUCUGUGAAAAUUCUGUGCCAAAAGAGCUCUUUAUUCAGCAUUCUUUCCCCAAAGUUGCCCCUCCUGAAUUCCCAAGCAGGGAGCCAACUUGUGCUGCAGGUUCCAUAAUGAAGGCUCCUUUCUGCUAUUAACCAGCUCCCAUCCAUAUAUGUCCCAAAUUCAUAUCUGAAAUGCAGGUUAUUGGUGAAAAUGUCUUCAGAAUUACAGAAACUCCCCUGUUCCCUGCACUCGGUACAUGCCAGAUGAGAGCAGUCAGUCUUCUAAUCUAUAGUCUUUGCUUCUUAGAUUCACUUCUGUCAAGUCUCUUGGCUGUAAAGUCCCAGCUGUGUGAAGAGCCAGGGUGCUGAGCUCUUGACAGCUCCUUCUCUCUGCCAUCUCAGCCCCCCCUGGGCUGUGCAGGGAGGAAAUGUGGAAGUAGCCCUUGUGCUGCCAUAGCCCCCGUUCCCAACUCUGUCUGCAAACGGUUACAGCCGAGGAAUCCAAGUGCAAAGCCUGGGCAGUGGAUAAGCAGCCAGGGAUGGACCUUCAGAGGGAGGAACUCCUCAGAGAUGAAGGCCCUGUUUGGCCUCUCAGUGCCACGACCUCUGUGCCAUGAACAUGCUUAGUGCUGCUCCAAGGAGGCAUUUUGUCCUCUGCCAGUCAGCUAGGUGAGCCCAUUCACUAGACUGGGGAAGAAUUCUAGACAGCAUGAGCCCCACCAACUUCCUACCAUUACACUGAUUACCUUGCACUGUUGUCUCCCUUGAGGAAGAUGCUCAACUGUUUGUUUUUCAAGGAGGAAUUCAGCUGAAAUCUCCAGUGGGAGGUGUUUCCUGGAGUCUCCUGGUAGGGACUUUCAGCUGGACUGUUCAGCUUUAUGGUUGCUUUUUAGGAGAGAAAACUAGGCUGAGAGAACUGAUGAAAAAUAGAAGAGCACUGUUGAAUGUUAAACCAGGGAUUUCAUCAUCUUAAGGGGAAAAUAGCCAAUAUAAGGGCAAGAUGUGCUGCUGCUGCUGGAGGAAGCCAAUUGCUGUCACAGAACAGUUAGGGUUGGAAGGGACCUCAGAUCAUCUAGUCCAACCCCUGAUGUCCAAAUUGAUGGGAAGGGAAUUCAGCAUUAAGGUCAGGUCACAGGCAGCUUUCUUUGCAAGAGAAGUUUUCACCUCAACUGUUCCCUGUGCCUGACUCUUCAUAGCUAAACAAACCAGUCCUUCCAGUGCAGAUCUGCAGCACAGGAGGCUUUUACUCGGUGUCACUGCAGGUCUUGUAACGGUUUUGGACUCCAUCAAGGCAGCCAUUCUCAGAUACCUGAACUGCUGUUGAUGUUCAUAGUAUUUAUACAUGGAAUGACAGAAACUACUCCUGUAAGUAGCCCCUUAAGUUGGCUUUCUCAACUUCCUUGUGUCCUGUCUAACUGAGGAGCUGGAUGACAGACUAGUCUGAAAUACUGACCAGUUUCCUCUGUGAAAACCAAGUCCCCUUUCCAACAAAAGACCCCAGAUAAGGAACUGAUACUGUCCCUUGCAGCAGGAAUACUUAAAUACUCAAAGGGCACAGUUAGGUGGAGGGCAUUAUCAGAUACUGCUAGGCAGCACAAUGUUCAGAGUUACUAACUGUGAGCCCCAAUGCAGAAGAUUCUGGUUUCCUACGUAAGCUGCUGUACUUGUGCAUCUCCCAAAAAUACAGUGACCUCUCCCCAUGGCUGAGAAGCUCUGACAAAGCAGGAUGUCAGCUACCAAUUGGCUCUGCAAAGUGUUCUGGAAUUCAUUCUGAAUAUAUUUUUGCUUUCUAUGUGGAAAAAAAAAAAAGAAAUAAGUAUAAAUUCUCAUUUUAUGCUGUAUUUUGUACCUUAGUUGUGUUUGAAAAUGUUUUGAUUUUCGAAAACAAUCAAAAUAAAACGAUGGCAUCUUUGUAUCCA